GGAGGGGAAGCAGCAUCCCGGGCUGAGCCCCUCCAGCCUUGGCAGGGGAUCUGGUGCACCUCCCUGAAGAGGUUUUGAGCAGUUUUCCAGCUGCUUUCCCCCUCCCGUCUGCAUGGACAGUGGGAUUUGUUUGCCUUUUGGUCUGCAUGGGUGGAUUUAAUGACUUUGUUUCAUUCUGUCAGUCCCGAGGCAGGAGGGAAGCAGGAAGAGCCGGCAGCUUGGUUCAGCCUUCACCUUUUCCGAGGAAAGGGGGUUGUUUUGUUGGGCAGGGAGAAUUUGAUAUCAAUUUGUAUCCUUUGAUUUCACCCUGGGCUUGUGCUGGAGAGGAGCUCACAAAGGGAAAUCUGCCCCAAAAAACCCAAAAAGGGAGAAAGAUAUCAGAGGCAGUAGUGCCUAUUUUAAGGGAGAAUAUUGCACCGAAGGAGAGGGAGAGGGGUGAAUACCAAACCAGGCCUCCUGAGUCACGGUGGGUGCUUCCAGGGAGGGAAUGCUUUGGGAACAUCUUAGGCUUUUCAGUCUGAUGUCCCUGCUCUCUGCACAUCAUCCAUGUGCGUCCCUGCGAUGUGUGCUUGCAGGAACCUGUUGAUUUGCUCCUGUUUACUUCUAUGUCCCUCUGGUGGCUUCUGGGGAGGUGCAAAGGGGGAAAGAAGAGGAUUUUAAAAAUUGAAUCGAGGUCAGGCUGGCAGAACUUGGGCAUUGGGACAAGAAGAGGAAGCCUCGCCGCCGCAGCCCCGUUUUCCUGGGUGGGGCUUGGGCAGGAUGCUGUCAGGAGAGGGAGGAUGGACUAUGCUGGAUUAAGCUCCCUGCUCCAUCUCAGGACUGACCUCCAAAAGUCUGACCUUCAGAAGUGCUGUACCAUGUCCAGGUAGGACACUGCCAGCAUAACAAGCAUCCCAAGACCACCGCUCCCAGGCCUUGAGCUCGGGGGGCUCCUCUGCUUCCCGCAGCAGCCAGACAAGGGAGAAGAGCUGGGAUAGCCCCACGUAUCCAGUCACUGCCCACAGCACCCCAGGAUGGAUUCCAAAGGCAACGUCCGAAGCGGAAACAAACCCGACGCCAAGGCCGCCAGCUCUGGGAAGCCGGAAAAACCCAACCCUGGGCCUGCCACGAAUGCAGACAAGAAGGAGACCCCCAAAGAGCAGCCUGCUCCUGCCACGGCCACCAAGAAGGCGGGAGGUGACGCUGCCAUCGCCAACAACCACAGCAACCUGAAACCCAGCCCCGCCGCCACGGAGACGCAGGAGGCCAGCGGCCAGUCCCCUGACUCUGACCACAAGGGAAACAGCUCCGAGGAGUCACCCGGCAGCUUCUUCGACAACAUGAAGCCCUUGAUCAUCGUCGGAGGAGUGGCGGUGGCUGCGCUGGCUGUGAUUGUGGGAGUGGCAUUCCUAGCCCGGAAAAAAUGAAGACCGAGACGGGGUGGGGAUGAGAAACCCAGCCCAGCUGUACAGCUCCUUUUGAGACAAAUGCAUGCAGAGAAAUUCUAUACAUAGCUAUAUAUAUAUAGAGAGAGUGAGCUAGAUAGGUCAACAACAAACACCAACUGCAACUCCAGGGUCUUGUUCAAGACAACUGUGCCAGUCUGACCCGCUGUGGGUAACUCCAUACACUCAGUGUGUUCUUUCAUGUAAUAUAUCUUGGCUUAUACCGCUGUGUAUAGAUUACAGCUUCUCCUGAUCGGUGUAAAUGACGGUGUCCCCUCCCCUCCCCUGCUGUCCUCCCUGGGAGACGCCCCCCCUUCCCCUUUGCAGUCCCGUUUUCAAGUCCAAAGUGUUCUACGUCCCAUUCGGAGUCCCAGUUUGUGUUUUGGUUUCUGUUUGGUUCUGUUUUAACUUGGGCUGUGGUAAAGAAGAUGGAAGGGGAGUGCUAAGGCCCGGCUCGCCUGUCUCGCUGGGCUGGAGGUGUUUUUCCAGCCCCCCUGGGACAAGGGAAGCGCAGGGGCAGUGGCAGGGAAGAGGCAACUCCCUGACCCAGCAGCCACUGGUGAUCCCUAAUCGGUGUCUGUGUAUCUGGCACUCACCAUUCCACCUUGGAACACCUGCCUGGGAAGUGCUCUGGAGGAACCAGGGCGGCUGCAGGGUAGCAGAGACCUGUGUGAGCCUGGGAUGUCACAAUCAGGUCACUCUUCUGGCUGAGCUGCCAGUGGGACAGUGACCAGAGGGGCUGUGCUGUGGCCCAGAGAAGUCCCAUUGCAGCCUUCAGGAUCCCCAGGCUCGCCAGGGUCACACGGGUGGUGUUUGGGAUAGAGAGACUUUGUUUUGGAUCUAGUAUUUCCUAAAGUUAGGCUGGGCUUUGCAGGGUGCUGUGGCCUCAGUCUAAGCUCGAGGUUGGCUGGACUAUUUGUGUUCAUUUUUUUGGCCUUUGGAUAAGGCCUUUCACUGGAUUUUUUUCCCCCACUGAAGGCUGUGGUCUCAGCAGAUGGGAAGACAGGAAAAGGGGGGAGACAUGAGCUGGUGUUAGGGGCAGAGAGGACCUAGGACCCCAUGAGAGUAACACUGACCUACCUGCUUUAUACCAGGGAAACCCCUUUCAAAGGCACUGGAGUCUGUCCGGGGUGGAUUUCUUACCUCCCUCUUGUGACAGUAGUAGCAGGAAUUUGUAACUCGUCCACACUUUGGAAAUGGAAACAAAUUCCCAGCCCUUGGGAGCAACCUGAUUUCAUGGGUGAGUACCUUGGCUCUAAAGCCAGACCUUGUGAGGGGAGGAGAGAGGGUGUUUAGUGCUUUGGCCGAUGCUCAGCACUAAACAGCAAGAGGUGAGGAGAUCUGCCUCUGAAAACUUCCAUUAGGCUUGUCUUGGCUGCUGAAAAACAGUGUUGUAAAAACCCCUUGCAUUUUGGGUUUAAAUUGGGUCAGAGAUUAGAUGAGGUCCAAUGGGAGUUCAGCAGCAGCCACAGCCCAUGGGCAGGGGCAGGAAUGAUGAUUAGAAAGAGGCUGUGACACAGUGGGGUGAGUUCUGUUACAGAGCCCGUUGUGCACCUUUAACUGAGAUGGAUGGAUGGAUGAAUUCAGGGGCUGCAGGGAUAGAGGGAGGUGUGCAUUCCUCAGGUGCUGCCUAUGCAGUGUCUGCCUCUGGCACAGUCCCUGAAUGGGACAGUGGAGGGAUAUAACCUGACUUGGCAAUUCUUCUCUUGGCUCAUGUCUGUCUUAUUUACUUCCAGAUCUGACCUGCUGAAUGCACAUGGGCUUGGAAUGCAUGGCUACUCCUAUUGUGAGCUCAGAAAAUAUUCCCAAAGGUGUAUGGCCUCUGGGAAUAUCAGACACUGUGUCCUGAUGCAGUUACAGGGUGAUGCCUCCACCUUUGCCAGCAUAGAGACUGGAGCAGGUGUGUUGGGCUCACAGGAAUUUUGGGAAGCAGGGUUACAGCUCCAGGUGAGAUCCUGGUAGCCUAAAGCACUCUUGGCAUGAGCUGUGGAUGUGUCUCCCAGCAGCAGUAUGUCACUUGCAGCCUGGAGAAGGGUUAGAAGCAGAAGGGUCCUCCUCCCUUCAGAUUUCUGCAGCACAACUUUGCUGGGAAAUUUUCACAGGGAGUUUUGCUUAUGUUGCUCGGAAGGAAGGGAAAUCACCCCCUUCUGCUCUGGUUCAUGUUUUGCCAACUAGGGUAGUGAUUUUCAGACAGUGACUUCUGUUUUCAAGAGAUGUUUCUACCUUUCCUGUCCCCUCCCUCUCAGCUCUGCUCUAGGAUUGUUUUUAGCAGUGUGUGACAUUAGGCACAGCAUCUAUCUAUUCUGCCCUGACCACAGAUCAGAGCAUAGAUAGAUCGGGGGAGGAAGGUGAAGCACCUGCUUCACUUGAGUCUCCAGUUUAAUUUUCUAAAAUGUUUUUAUUUCCUUGUCUUCACCUUUGGCAACAGAAGAGGGGGAAAAACAGUUCUCAGCCAAUGGUCUUAACCUUUUCUCCAUCUCCAAGUCCUGCCUUUAGAGCACUUGGAUGCAAGGCCACCAAUUUCAUCCAGAAACACCACAGAGGUGGUGAUGGAGCUGUAGCUCCUCAUCGGGGCACGUCACUCAUUUGAGCCCUCCCUGCAUGGCAAACCUGGUAUGUCCUAUCCGUAAGGGAAUUUUGAACAUGGUCUGUCCUGUCCCAAGGGAUUUUCCACUUUCUGUGGUCACUUAACAGUCUGCUGUUCAGGUUCAGCACCUGGAACCCACCUCUUUGGCAGUUUGGUUUGGAAAACACCUGUCUGUGUCUGUGUGUGUGUGUGUGCCUUGAAGCACAUCCUGCGUGUGUGUGUGUCUACAAACCUUUGUGUUGUAUUGCUGCAGUCUGGGAGGGGGAGAGAAUCCAAGCUGGAGAUGCCCCUUCAUUCGUUCCCUGCAUUCACACCAAGUGUCUGUGAUGUCUUCUGUGCCAUUCCCACCACGCCAUGCGUGAAUUCCUGAAUUCCUUUCUGGUCCUGGUUUCUCCUCAGUGCAAGGCUGAUGAAGUGCUGAGUGUGUGGUGUGCUCGGAGCCCCAAGCCCCUGCUCCCUCCCUGGGUAGUCGUGUGGGCUCUUUGCUUUAAAAUGAGGCACUUUUAGACUAUCCUGGACUGUGCUGUAGCGCUUUUCCAAGUGUGGGUCUAGUGUUGAGCCGGGCAGAUCCAGCGUAGACGCCACAGCGCCGCAGCCCUGACUUGCAAACACCUCCUGUCCUGCCUUACUGUGCCAGGCUGUGCAGUGCUUUUGUUCUGAGCCAAAAAAUGUCCAGCGAGCACCAGGCUGAGGGAGCAAAUCCCCCUCUCUCAGCCCCAAAUCUGUCGAAGCAGAAGGCUUAAAUGACUGACCUCGCUGUGCUAAAUAAAUAGUUGUCUUUUCUCGUACUGAGCACACGCCGUUAUUUGCUUGAUGUCCUUCUUUGUGUGGUUUUUGUGGUAUGAAGUCCUUCCAGUGACAUCUCCGUGGGGAGAGUGAAUUAACACUUAAAACCAAUCAGAGUCUGUGCUUGGGGUUUGAAGAGAUCUAGAUUGCUAGUUUACUCUUUUGAUCAAGUCGAUAAAUUAAAUAUUGGCAAAAUUGGUUUCGGACCUUUCCGCUUAUCACCAAAACUCUCGAUUGAAUCACUGCACCCAAUCUCAAACUCCUUUUAGGGAACCAUAAAUUUUAGUUGAAUAUAAAGAUGUCAUUUUGCUGUCUUGGACAACUCAGUAGAAGGUUUUUGCUGCUUCUAUUUUAAGAGAGAUGAAAUGGAUUAUGCUUCUGCUUCCUCUUCCUACUGGUUUAAUACCCUGUAGAUAAGUCCUGUUAUUCCUAACAGUGCUGCAGCAGGAUGAAAACAAAUCUGGCAGCCAGGGGAUAAUGCAGCAGCAUUUUUGGGAGGGUAAGAACACAUUUCUGCAGGUGUGGUUUGCCUGGGACUCACAGCGCUCAACAGUCACUUGCCCUGAAGCAUUUCUUAGUUCCCUCGGGCUGGGUGAUAAAUUAAACAUCCAUUUGUGUCUCUGAUGGACUAAAGUUUGAAGGUUGAUCCAUAGAAUACUGAAAACAAGGGGAAUUUUUCCAUUGGCAUCACCAUGCUCUGGCCUUUGAGUUCUUGUUGGCACCAGGGAUAUGAUCACAGGUCAUCAUAAAAUCAUCUCAAUUACACAUUUAUUUUUAAAUUGACACAAACGUUCCUUAGACUGAGCGUAAGGGAAGUCUCUUCUCUGAGGCAGCCCUGCUUAUACUGGCAUCAAGAUUUGUGUAUGAACAACAGCAGUGCAACCAAAAACCCCUGGAGCUGGUGAGAGAUGAUUUAUGCCUUAAAAUAUUUCCUACUUUUCCUGGAAAUGCUACUGGGGUUUAGAAUUCAGCAGCCUUCUAACUAUUCUUAGAAUUGGUUGAAAAUAACAGUGCUGAAGAUUGGAGAGAAAAAUGAUUCUUCGAGAAGUAAGCCAAAAAAGGAAGGCAAUGAAAAAAUAUGUUUGAAAGGUGAAAUUCUUGGAAUUUCAAUCAGCUCCAUGGAAAGCUUCAAGUCAGUGAAGAUUCUGAGAGGGUGCAAGGAACAGAGCAGAGAAGUGGAGAGAAAAAGCACUAUUUAAUUUUCUUAGCUUUGGUAAGGACAUGCUAACUUUUAUACCCUCUUUCCCCUUUUUUUUUCCUCAGAAAAGGGCAAAAAUGACAAGCUCUGGUGCCAUGCAAAUGAACCUCUGCUAAUUGCCUUUUCCAGAUGAAUCCCUGCUGGCUCUGUGCAAUGUUAAAGGGUUAGAAAAAUACCUGAAGUUUUCUACAACCAAUAUUGCAUGAUUAAGGGGAAUUGCCAGGACUUUAGGAGGGGCUGUGCUCUCUUUCCAAGUGCUUUGCUAUGACAAGGACUGCAAAUACAUCACAUCAUGUUCAUGAGCUGGCUGCAGUUCUGCUGCACAGGUUGGGCACUUCCCACCACGAAGAGGAAUAAUUUGCUUUGAUCUGGAGCAUAACAGUCCUGUAUUCCAGUAAAUUCUCACUGCAGGAUGUUGGAAUUGGGAAUAUUUCCUGCUAUUUACACUGGAGGUAUUUGGUCCUUUACUCUUUUGGGGAGAAAUCUGCAGAUGCUGAGGAUCUGUUAUGGGUGGCACUCGACUGACAGUCCCAAAAAGCCUUGGAGCCUGCACCCCCAUCCAGCAACCCUCGGGGGGUUUAAUCCACUGAAUAAAGUGGGUUUAUGAUGACUUUUUCCUCUUCUUUUUGAGACCAUGAGUCCAGCCCUGUAACCUGCUUUCCUUUCAAAUUCCAUACUUCCUGGGAUGUCUGUUCACACCACAUCUUCAGCUGCUACAAACUACAGGGUUCCAUUGGUUUCUGAUCUGAUUCAUUGCUCGUUCUUUCCUCCUUUUUUUGGCCACUGCAUUGUAUUCCCUUUCCUUUCCCUACUUUCUUCCUGGGCAGCUCUGCAGAUGUGGCCUCUCCAUAGCUGGGGCAGAUUUUGGGUUGGAUAAGGCAGGUUUUGGGUCCUCCCCCCAAAAUACAGACAGCACUGGGCCCCCAGACUGUGUGUCACAGCAGGGAAUAUGUGAAGCUUUGCUCUGCCCUCACAUUUGAGGGUCUAAGUCUGCAAGAGGCUGAGUGCCCAUCUGCCACAGGAUUUGCCAUGGAUGACAAAUCCCCAGGAAGGUCCUGUUCUUGUCCUCCCCUGUCAGUGAGGUGUUCUGGCUGCUUGAGAGAGGCUGACAUGGUGUGAGCACACACUGUGCUUGGCUGCAGCCAGGGCUCCCUCAGCCCUCUGGAACACCAAAAACAAGAGGGAAAAGAGAAGUUUUGAAGUCGAGGACAUGUACUUCUACUGGCCUGGAAGGAUCAGCUGUUAUGCCAGGGAUGAGGGUGCAGGAAGUGCAAGGAUUAUCUCAUCUGAAUGAGCUGAUCUGGUGUCAUUGGGUGAUUGAGAACUGUGGGACUUCUAGGCCUCUAAAAUUCACAUUUCAUUCAAUUGACCAUAAUAGGCCUCAGAAUCCUGUGAGAGAUCAGAGCCUUUGGCUUUCCAAAUUCAUGAGUUUGGAUCUACCUUGUGUUACAGCUCUGCUCUCUCCUCUGGACAGUGUGUGCUUGGAUAUGCAGUACUCUGGGACUCGUGCCCUCUACUCUUUGAUGCUCUUCAAAUUAAAUAGAUUUUUUUUUCUGCUGAAAAGCAUAACUUGGGUUAAAUAGGCUUUGGACUGGCUGUUCCCAUUUCUCUUUUGGUUGUUCCCAGCUUGCGAUUCUCAAACAGUUCCAUCACUUUUCCAUUUCUCAGCCCCAGCAGAGCAUCCCAAACAUGAACAUCCAGGUUCUUUCUGUGAUGAUGCUGCAGCACCAAAGCUCCCACCAGGACAAGAGGAAUCUUUAACCACCUUUCCAACAGUCAAGUCCUGCAUCGUAUCCCUGGUUUUGCCAUGGCAGCUUCAAGCAGCCAAGCUUCUGGGGCAAGCUGAUGAGAACAAGGGUGCCACACAAUUUUGUUUGGUUAAAAACCAACCAACCAACACAGGAAUAAUUUGGCUUUACUGAGUUUUGAGCAGCCCUUCAUAACCCUGGUGCCUUUUCCCAGGACUGUUUCAACUGAAGCCUUUAAAAGUUGCAAUUUCACUUUCCCAGGAAACCAACUCUCUUCCAGUCAUAGGUGCAAGUUGGCUAUAAGUUUGUGGAGGAGCUAAAAUUGUAGGAAGGGAACUCGAAGGUCAGAUUACAGGGGAUUUUUAUUUUGUUUUUGGUUUGUUUGGAUUCUGUUACUUCUCCAGGGACCGAUCCAAAGCCCUUGGAGGUGAGACUGAAAUGCCUGCUGUUCCUCUGGAAGCCUCAGGCACCUUUUCAACGAUGUCAGUGGGUUUUGAGUCAGCUCCUGAGUGUGCUUUCCAAAUGAUAGGAAUUUUCCAAGUGACACCUUGAUUUUUUCCCUGUACAACCAGACCUGCUUGUCACUUACACAUCUUUACCUGUGUUCAACAUACAGGUUUGGGUUUUUUUUUUUUGCUCUCAGAAAUAAUAUGCUGCUAGACACAUUUCCUGGAGGGAAAUGGACACCUACCUACACACAAAGCUAUUCAGCUAAUUUAUACCUUGUUGAAUUUAUAAUCUUGUCUAUGCUUCUAUGGACACUUUGUAUGGGCUGCAGCUCAAAUCCUAAAAUAGUCAAGAAUUUUUUCCUUUCCCAUAUAGUAUUCUAUUUACUUUGACUUUGAAAACAAAAAAAGCGUAUAAAUGCAAUAAUGCAGGUAGACUAGAAAUACUAGAUUGAAAAUUUAAAGUAGUUUAGCUUGUCCCAUUGUGACUGACAGUGUUGUAUGACACCCAACGCUGUACCCUGACAUUUUCCAGGCUUUCUCCGUAGCUGAAUCUAGUAUUAGCUUUGGAAACCCAUUGUGUGAGUGGUGGGUGGAUGGGUCGGAAUCGUGUGCUCUCUACACAAGCUGUAUGGCCACUCCAUAUGCUGUGAAACUGUAAAUGAUUCCCAAAUACACCUGUAACUCUUACCAGGAUUGUGAGAAAUAAACUAUAUAUAGAUAUAUAUACACAC